AGCAGUUCUGGCCAAGCCGGCAAAUGUGACGAAAGAAAACCGAGUGACGACGCGUAUUUGUGAAAAGCGAGUGAUCUCCGAACUCCUGCAUACGGCAUACGAAAAACCCAAUCCUCCGAAUAUUCAACUGAAAUGUACCGGAAUUUUCCCUAUGACUGGGGCGUAGUUUUGGAACAGCAUAUGAAGUAAUUAGGAGUCGCACUAAAAUCGCCCAUAAACGUCAGAGGACAAACAUUUUCGCGGAAGAACAACUGCAAGACAUUGCCAUCGACGUUUUCCAGGCAACAUGUUGCCGGCAGACACCCUCAUCUACAGUCGCAGUAGCAGCAGCAGCAGCAGCGACAACAGCAACAUCAACUGACAGCGGCGGCAGCAACACCAACAGACAGCAGCAACAUUCGAGCAUUCAGUCGCAAUUCUGACGAUUGCGUGACGCGUUCGCUUCCCGGCAAUGAAAGAGAUAAAAACUCUGAAGAAAAAAGAGAACGAAACAGUGUCGACGACGAAGUUUCAAGUAAAAAGUAUAAAUUGAAAACACACAAACAACAAAUCAAAAUACGUAAUAAAGUGCGUGCCAACUGUGAACGACAUUAAAAAAAAAAUUUGAAUAAAUUAUUAAAGAAACUUUAGGAAUAAUAUAAAUUAGCAUAAUUUAGCAAGGAUUUGCCAAGACAAGCAGACAUUCGUUUCGCACUUAAUUAGUGUCUAAAAGCGUUGACAAUGUGGCAGACACUAUCAACUUUAAGCACAUCACUCAAAACAACAGCCGCAGCGGCAACAGAAACACCAGCAACUUGCGACUGUAGCUGCAAGUUGGAAAACGCGGAAAUGCAAAGUCACAUGUUGCCAUCAGCAGACAUCGCGACAACAGCAAUGCGUAGGUGUUGCUGUCGCACGAAAAUCACCCGCAGCAACAGCAGCAGCAACAGUAGUUGCAACUACAGCAGCAACAUCCUGCAGUGGCUAUUGCUGCUGUGCCUUUUCUGUGAUUUCGGGCAGGCGGCGCUGCGUGACGUGAAUCUGCUGGUGGAGCCACCGGCGGUGCGAAAGGGUCAAUCGGUGGCCCUGCGGUGCGACUACCAACUGGAGGAGGCGCCCCUGUAUUCCAUUAAGUUCUACCGCGGCCAGAUGGAGUUCUACCGCUACACACCGGGCGAGUAUCCGCACACCAAGGUCUUUCAGUUUCCCGGCAUCCGAGUGGACGAGAACGCCUCCAAUGCAACCAUGGUGCUCAUCCGCAACGUCAGCUUCGGCCUGACCGGAACAUUCAGCUGCGAGGUCACGGCGGAUGCACCGCUCUAUUCCACCGCCACCGCCUACGCCCAGCUGCAGGUUGUGGAACUACCGGAAAAGCGUCCCAGCCUCUUUGCGGAACACACGCGUUAUGAACCCGGCGAUAUUUUGCGUGCCAACUGCAGCACCAUGGGAUCUCGCCCUAAAGCUGACCUUCGUUUUAGCAUUAAUAAUAUUCCUGUUGGCACAGAAAAUACCCAGUACAUUCUAUCGGUUGGCCAGCUGAUUGCAUCCCGGCUCAGUCUGAAACUGCAGCUGCAGGCGAUUCACUUUGGGACCGGCCGCAGCGGCCAGUUCGCAAAUGGUAAUGACAGCCGCCGGACCCUCACAAACGCAGCUCACCUGAUUAGCCCAGGAAGACUCGUCCUGCGCUGUACGGCGCAAAUUGGCGAUCUCUAUAUGGAGUCCAAGGAAAUCGAUUUGGGGGCACCGCAAAAGGAUCCGGUGCCGGCAAGAGUGACGCUGUCGUCGGGAACCGGACUUCGUAGCUUCUUGGAGACCUAUUUCGCCACGUCUUCGGCCCACAGCGAAUGGCGGGGGGCGGCGGGGGGCGUGGCCGUCUGCCUGGUCACCAUGUUGGCCCAACUAAUUACUGGUAGCUAAAUCGGGGGGUCAGUCGGCCGGAAUGCACGGACUUGGAUGGACUUGGCGAGUGUGUAUGGCUUAUCGAACAGCGAUGGAAAUUAGGGAGCUGCCGGCCGUAAACUGCAUUAUUUAUCUAUAUCGAAUGCAAUUUAAAUUAUACACACACACACGCACCAGUGCAGAUGAGAUGUCCGUGUGAUUCCCGGUUAAGCUCACACAUCCUCACGUAAACCCUAUGUAACUGUAAAUAUUUGCUUUAAUGAUGUGAACGGAUACACUUAAAUGAACUCGCACUCACACUCACGCGCUCACAUACACACAAACACGCGACUAAUUGUUAAUUAAUGGAUUAUUUAAUGACGCAUAAAAUAUUGGAUAAAAUAUUAAUGUUUCAUUUGCAUUUAGCUUCAACCCAAGCGAAUAUCAACUUAAUGUUUAAGUGUAAAUCGUUGAAACGAUUUAAAAAAACCACAGAAAAUGUAAACAACUGAAAAAUGCCAAUGUCAAGACAAAACCAAAAAAAAACAU